ACUAAUGAAGAAAAAGCCAGCACUAGGUCCAAGUUUUCCGCUUGCUUUAGUUUUGCUCUGGUUUUCUUUAGAGAACACCGUCCUUACACCGAGCUGAAGAAGAUCAUUUGUGUGUGUGUGUGUGUGUCAAUGGCUAAUCCAGUUCAAUCCCAGGAAGUGGAUCCAGAUACCCUGAGGAAACAUCUUGCUGUUGCUGUUAGGAGCAUCCAAUGGAGCUAUGCAAUUUUCUGGUCCUUAUCAAAAACACAACAAGGGGUGCUUCAAUGGGGUAAUGGGUACUAUAAUGGAGACAUCAAGACUAGAAAGACAGUUCAAGCCAUGGAACUUAAAGCCGAUAAAAUAGGUUUGCAAAGGAGUGUACAACUUAGGGAGCUUUAUGAAUUUCUGUUAGAAGGUGAAAUUGACCAAAACAAGAGGCCUUCUGCUGCUUUGUCUCCGGAGGAUCUAUCAGAUGCAGAGUGGUACUACUUGGUUUGCAUGUCCUUUGUGUUCAACCCAGGACAAGGUUUACCUGGAAGAGCAUUAGCAAAUAAUGAAACCAUAUGGUUAUGCAAUGCUCACUAUGCAGACAGUAAAGUAUUCUCGCGCUCUUUGCUAGCUAAGAGUGCAUCUAUCCAGACUGUUGUUUGUUUUCCCUAUCUUGGGGGUGUGAUUGAGCUAGGAGUAACUGAACUGGUUCCAGAGGAUCCUAAUCUCCCUCAGCACAUAAAAGCAUCCUUACUGGACAUGUCAAAGCCAGUUUGCUCCGGGAAAUCUUCUCCUCCCCAUAAUGCAGAUGAUGACAUAGAUCCCAUCUGUGUUAAGGUUGACCAGGAGGUAGUUGAGACAUUGGACUUGGAGAAUCUAUAUUCACACAGGGAAGAAAUGAAGAUCGGUCCAGAGGAGGGAAUUGAGGAAUUACACGCAAAUAUACCUGAAGAUUUCACAAUUGGCUCCCCAGAUGAAUGCUCAAAUGGUUGUGAACACCAUUGCCAUACAGAAGAUUCCCUCAUGUUUGAAGGCUUAAAUGGUGUUGGUUCUCAAGUCCAAAGCUGGCAUUUCAUGGAUGAUGACUGCAGCAACGGUGCUCAUAAUACAAUAAAUUCUAGUGAUUGUAUUUCUGGAGAAGAAAAGGCUCCUAUCUCUUCUCCCAAACAAGGAAGUGUAAACCACUUCCAUGUGGAACUUGGCUCUUUGGAUCUUGGGGUUGAUGACGACUUGCACUACAAGAAAACUCUAUCUGUCAUCCUGAAAUGUUCAAAUCGACUGACUGAAAUUCCUGGUUUGCAUACUAUCGGUCACAAAUCUGGGUUUGUGAGCUGGAAGAAAGGAGGAAUGGGCAAUGGUUAUAGGCCAAGGUGGCCACAGAGCAUAUUAAAGAAGAUACUAGUUGCAGUUCCUAUUAUGCAUGGUGGUAGGUCUCUUGGGUUUCAGAAGGACAGUGGUAAGAAGCAUUACCUUGAGAAAUUGGAAAAUGAUGAUAAUAUUCCCAAAGAACAUGAAAACUUCAGAGAGAAUGAAAAGUUUCUGGUCCUUAAGGCAAUGGUUCCUUCUAUCAGUGAGAUUGAUAAAGCAUCAAUCCUUAACGACACCAUUAAGUACUUGAAAGAGCUUGAGGCAAGGGUGGAAGAACUUGAAUCAUGCAUGGAUUCAGCAGACUUUGAGACAAGGCCUAGAAGGAAUUACCUGGAUAUUGUGGAAGAAACAUCUGAUAACUAUGAGAAUAGAAAGACUGAAAAUGCCAAGAAAUGCUGGAUAAACAAGAGGAAGGCCUCUGAUUUUGAUGAAAACUAUGAAACUGACACAGAAGUCAAUAGGGCAGUUCUCAGAGACAGCCUCAUAUCAGACUUGAAAGUCAGCAUAAAAGAGCAGGAGGUUCUAAUUGAAAUGAAAUGUCCGUAUAGGGAAUACAUUUUGCUGGAUAUCAUGGAAGCUAUAAACAACCUGCACUUAGACGCCCACACAGUCCAGUCCUCUGCUCUUGAUGGAAUUCUCAUGCUAACCCUCAAAUCCAAGUUUCGAGGGACAGCAAUUGCACCAGCAAGGAUGAUAAAACAAGCAUUACAGAAAGUUGCUGGCAAGUGUUGAGGAAGCUGUAUAAUGAAUAAUCAACUGGCUUUUUAGGAAUUGACUUUUCCUUUGUUGUGUUCUGCUUCCUAGGUAAGGGGAAAGUUCCAUCUACGUGCUAACCUUCUGUUCUUGUCAAAUGUUGUACCUUAGUAUCAUGUAAUAAUCUUAACUUGGAAGUUGUUUGGUUUUCCUUCAUGUUUGUUUCUACAUGUAGCUUGUGCCUUCAUGGUCCAAUAGAUCUUUCAAAGCAAC